CGCAGCUGUCGCUCCAGAAGGUUGCCGUGCCACUGCAGCCCUGACUGGACCCGCCAGAGGGGUAGGUGGCUUGUCCCCUUUAUGAACGGGGCCACGCGUGUUCGUCGUCAACCGCAGCUGCACCAUGGUCAGCCCAGUGACCGCACGCGGCGGCUGCAGCCUUCGUCGCUUUGUUUCGUUUCCCUAAACGAACUUUUCCCAUCCCUGACGCGCCUUCCGAGGACUUUCGUGUUGUCUACAGGGAGGAGGAGGAGGAGGAGGAGGAGGAGGAGGACGUCGCCCUUACAAAUUAUAAGACGCCGAGUCGCAUCGGUGCAGCACCAUGGAGAAACUGAACGGAUUUGAGGUUGAGCGGAUGGAGGCUUGGCUGGACGACCACGGAGACUUCGCUCAUUCUUACUUUGUGAGGAAAGCCACGAGAGAGAUGAUUAACGCCUGGUUUGCUGAAAGAGUCCAUUCCAUCGCCGGAUCCAAGGAAGGCAUAAAAAUCCAAGCUGAGCUCAGCCCCGUACAUCAAACCUCCCGGUCAGAAAGCACGUCCCCCGGAACCCCCACCAGAAAAAUCUCCGCCUCGGAAUUCGAUAGACCCCUGCGGCCCAUUAUCGUCAAAGACUCCGAGGGCACCUUGACCUUUGUUAGUGACUCUGAAAAAGUGCCGAUGCCCCUAAAAGCACAGAGGAUCGGAACGGGGGACAGCCAAGUGACCAACCAGUGCACAAGGCUCUUGGAUCUGGUGAAGGAUAUUUCGACCCACCUGGACGUCGCGGCGCUCUGCCACAAAAUCUUCCUCCACAUUAAUGAGCUCAUCGACGCCGACCGCUACUCCCUCUUCCUGGUCUGUGAGGACAGCUCCAACGAGAAGUACCUGGUCAGCCGGCUCUUUGACCUCGUCGAAGGCUCCACGAUAGAAGAAGCGUCAAACAACUGCAUCCGUCUGGAGUGGAACAAGGGCAUCGUGGGCCAUGUCGCGGCCACCGGGCAACCGCUAAAUAUCAGAAAUGCUUAUGAGGACCCCAGGUUCAAUGCAGGCGUUGAUCAGAUCACCGGCUACAAGACACAGACCAUCCUCUGCAUGCCCAUUAAGAACCACAAAGAUGAGGUGGUGGGUGUUGCUCAGGCCAUCAACAAAAAAGGUGGACACACUGGCACUUUCACUGAACAGGAUGAAAAGGACUUUGCUGCCUAUUUGGCCUUCUGUGGAAUUGUCAUUCAUAACGCCCAGCUCUAUGAGACGUCGCGGCUUGAAAACAGACGCAGCCAGGUGCUCUUGGAUCUCGCCAGCCUGAUUUUCGAAGAGCAGCAGUCCCUGGAGGUGAUCCUCAAAAAGAUAGCAGCGACCAUCCUGUCCUUCAUGCAGGCCCAGAGCUGCACCAUGUUCAUUGUGGAUGGAGACACAACAAAUUCGUUUUCCAGUGUGUUCCAUAUGGAGCAUGAAGAGUUAAUUGAGUCAUCAGAUUUCCCAAAGAGGGAGUGCGACGCAAACAAAAUCAACUACAUGUUUGCUCAGUACGUGAGAAACACCAUGGAGACCCUCAACAUCGCUGACAUCACUAAAGACAAGAGAUUUCCCUGGACCAAUGAAAAUGUGGACAAUUCAAAUAAGCAAAUGAAGAGUUUGCUCUGCACCCCAAUUAAGAAUGGAAAGAAGGACAAAGUGAUCGGUGCCUGUCAACUAGUGAACAAAAUGGAUGAAAUCACCAGAAAGGUCAAAGCCUUCAACAGGAAUGAUGAGCAGUUCAUGGAAGCCUUUGCCAUCUUCUGCGGGCUGGGAAUCCAAAACACGCAGAUGUAUGAAGCUGUGGAGAGAGCCAUGGCCAAACAGGUGGUCACGCUUGAGGUCCUCUCGUAUCACGCCUCUGCUGCCGAGGAGGAGACUAAGGAGCUGCAGGUAACCGUGGCCGCCACGGUGCCCUCAGCACAGUCGAUUAAACUUGUGGAAUUCAGCUUCAGCGACUUUGAACUCUCAGACACUGAAACGGCCUUGGCCACCAUUCGGAUGUUCACUGACCUCGGCCUCGUGCAGAACUUCCAGAUGAAGUAUGAGAGUCUGUGUCACUGGAUAUUAAGCGUAAAAAAGAAUUACAGGAAAACGGUGGCCUACCAUAACUGGAGACACGCGUUCAACACGGCACAGUGCAUGUUUGCUGUGCUCAAGUCAGGAAAAAUGCAGAGCAAACUGAGUGAAUUGGAGGUUUUAGCUUUGAUGAUUUCCACUUUAUGUCAUGACUUGGACCACCGAGGAGUCAACAAUUCAUACAUAAAAAGGAGUGAGCACCCCCUUGCCCAACUCUACGGCCAUUCCACCAUGGAGCAUCACCACUUCGACCAGUGCCUUAUGAUACUCAACAGCCCAGGAAACCAAAUUCUGAGUGGCCUUUCCCUGGAGGAGUACCGGACCUCCCUGAAGAUGAUUGAGAGGGCCAUCCUGUCCACCGACCUGGCGGUCUACAUGAGGCGCCGCAGCGAGUUCUUUGAUCUUGUGAAGAAGAAUCAGUUCACCUGGGAGGACGACGGUCACAGACACCUGCUAAGGGCGAUGAUGAUGACCGCCUGUGACAUCUCGGCCAUCACCAAGCCCUGGCCCGUCCAGCGGAGGAUAGCCGAGCUCGUUGCUACAGAAUUCUUUGAACAAGGAGACAAGGAGAGAAAGGAGCUGAACAUCGAGCCCAUUGACCUGAUGAACAGAGAGAAGCGAGAUCAAAUUCCCAGCAUGCAAGUGGGCUUCAUCGACACCAUCUGCGUUGAGCUGUAUGAGACCCUGGCCCACCUGUCGGAGGGCUGCUCGCCGCUGCUCGAAGGCUGCAGGAAGAACCGACAGAGCUGGAAAUUACUGGCGGACCAAGGAGAAGCAGCGACGCUCGUUAACGGGAACUCAUAAGGCGGCGAGGCGUCCAUCGACCAAACGAAGGCCAGGCGACUGUCUGUCCGAGUCUGGAUGCUCCUCCGUGUCACGUCUAAUAGCUGCGUCUGAACAGCUGCUUUAGGUUACUGUCAGCGUUGGGCAUUCAAGAGGGGUUUAUUUUUUAUAUGUUUUUAUUUUUUUACAGAAUACGUGUAAUAUGUAGAAAGCCAAAUAUCAGCAAUUACAGAAAUUAGUCUAAAGAUGUCACUGUGUUUUUAGGGGUGGGAAAGCGAUGUCACGUUCCUGUCACAAAGUAGCCCUGAGCUAACGCAAAUGUAAGGUCCUUUGUCUUUACUAAUAAUGUAUAAAGUUGAACGAGGUGGCACA